AUGCCUGAUUUCGGUUUCGCUUUCGUCUCCACAGAUAGCUUUGGUAAGCCAAAGAAAGACCACAGACAGCUGAUCCGCAGCCACUGCGUCAAAGGGAAGAAUCGACGGGCAGGCUCAUAUCGGUCGGCCCAGUACGCUCGUCAAGAUGCGGAGGCGUCGGCUUCUAAGCUGGCGAAGACUCUAGACGUCAACCCAACAUCUCCAUCACUGUCUGCCUUGACGCAGGGGCCCAAGGGAACUGCAGGCGCUGUUCCAGACCCGUAUUCCAGGAAGUCUCUGCUUGCCCCAGAUGAGGCCGUCAGCCUUUUGCCUCCGCUUGCCGCCUCGAGCUUGGCCUUCUUUCGCUUUGCGGAGGAUAUCGAUCACGAGUCCCUCAGGCUCUUAUCAGAAUGCGUCCCAUUCAACAUCUACCCCAUCGAGGCCUGCUUGGACUUCAACUCAACUGGCCUCAACCGCGGGUUCGCAUGGAUGGCCGAAGACGCUGCGUACCUGCACUCAUCGCUACUGACCCUCUCCGCUCUGCGUGAUUACACACGCCGACAGCAGCCCGGUAGCCUCACUAUCUUCCAUCUGCGGAAGACACUGUCACUUCUGAACCGAAAGCUGGCCACCAAGGAUGCGCACUUGCUGGACUCGGUCAUUUCUAUUGUCAUGACGCUGAAUAUGAUGGCUGGCAUCUUCGAUGAUUCCACUGCUGCGCAAACGCACAUGAUGGGUCUGGAGCAGGUAGUACGGUUACGUGGUGGCAUGAAGAAGCUGAACCCAAAGAUACGGUUCAAGAUUGCCUGCCUGGACGUGGCCCAGUCAGCCAGCAGCGAAGGCAAGCCGCGCUUCAACGACGACACCCAGAAAGCUUUACAGCCACUCUUUCGAGGUAUAUACCCUGCGCCGAUCUGCUACAACACCAGAAUGCUAUCUGUCGAAGGCCUGGUCGACCAUAGGAUGAGCGUGAUGUUCACGGACUUACAGCAUCUGGUGACGAUGAUCAACCAACACUCUGACCGCAACACACGUGUAAACGGCGAGAUGUUCCAGUCAGCAAUGGACUACAUACAGUCUCGUCUGCUGCAAAUGGACUCGACGCAUUCAGCUGAUGAUGGUCUUCGACCACUGAGCGAGUGCCUUCGUCUGGGUAUGCUGGCAUUCAUGAUCACCAUGACAUUUCAGCUUCCAGGGAGGAGAUAUCCGUAUCCGCAGUUGGCGGAUAAACUUCGCAGUGCUUAUAGAGCUGCAGGCGCUAUAUCAACAGGUGAUGGAAGGAAUGUGUUAGCCUGGGUUCUGCUGAUUGGCGCUUUAUCGGUAUUCGACGCGGAUGAGGAAUGGCUAUGCUGUCAAUGGAGAUCAGGAGGACCUUCUCAGCCUCUAUCUUGGGAUCACAUGCGGGAGCAGCUCGUGGAAGUCAUGUGGAUCGGUCGCAUCCACGAUGAGCCGGGCAGGAAGGCUUUUGAAACGCUGGAUGCGAUGAGUCUUCUCUACUCAGGCUCCAAUUACCGGGCUGAGUGUUUAUGA